AUGGUUGAUCCUAUUGUACCAGAAUUUAUGGAUAAUAAUAAUGAAAAUGAUGAAUUAGAAGAUGCAAAUUCUAUUGACGUGAAAUUUCAAUUUUCUAUGGGAUGGGCGCUAAAAAGCAAUCAAAAAUUUGGAGGAAAAGGGAAAGAAAAAAGGAUGAAAAAGAAAGUAAAGGAGUUGUUAAAAAGUUUUUUCUUGAAUGGAAAUCUCAACCAAAAAGAUAAGAUGUUAGCAAAGGAUAUAUAUAAUGAAUUGAUGAAAUUUGUUGAAUCCGGAGAAUUAGAAGCUGAAGAUGUACCUAAGAUAACAACAAUACAAAAUUGGAUUUCAACUUAUGCACGAACCUUCAAAGAACAAGCUACAGAAAACAUGGUAAAAGAUAUUCGUGAUGUGAGUUCUUUAUAA